CUUCUACAGAUGAUGAUGUUUUCUUGGCUUUAUCUAAACCUUAUCUUAAAAUAAGGAUGAUUUAAAAUAUUAAAUAACAAAUAUGGGACGCAACGUUCUAAAAAGUAGCGUUGAAAACGCUUCUUUCAGUAUAAUAUUUCAGGUAUUUUUUAGAUGUAUUACUUUUGUUUUAAAUGCUUAUAUAAUAAGGACAGUUGGCCAGGAAAUCCUGGGCAUUAUGAAUGUGAGACUGCUUCUCCUAGAAUCUACUAUUCUAUUUCUAUCAAAAGAGCCAAUUUUAAAAGCCUGUUUAACUAAUACAAGUUCAAGAAAUUGGGCGCAGGUUAUCAAUCAAAUUUGGCUAUCAGUUCCAAUAUCUAUUGUUAUUAACAUACUGUUGGUGUACGUGUGGAUAUAUGUAUUAACACCUAUAGAAGACAAAUAUCUACAUCAAUAUAUACUCGGUUGCUAUGCUGUCGCAUUGUCUUGUAUAGUUGAGCAAAUGUCACAGGUGGUAGUUCUUGUCUCCCAGAACUUCUGUUUUGUCAGACUAAAGGUCAUAUUGGAUACACUUUAUGUAGUUAGUCGCACAAUCAUAUUUGUUUAUUAUGUAGAAACAGAUCCAGAUUAUCCUUUAAACGCUUUUUCACUCGCUCAGAUUAUUUCUGGCGUGAUUUUAUGCCUUGCUUACUACUGUUUCUUUAUUUGGUACAUUCCAGCUUUAAAUAAAGCCAAGGAAAGAAAACAACAAGAAAGUAAAGAUAAAAAUGACAGUAAAGAGGCUAAAACUAUAUUUUCUGAUAUGGCAGAUUUUCCAUUCACAUCCUUUUGGCAGCUAUUUCCAGGAAUUAUGGAUAAUACGGAAAAUAUGUUGGAUACAAAGUUAUGUCUCUUAACAGUUAGUUUUCUUAAACAAUCUGUAGUUAAACAAGUAUUAACUGAGGGUGAAAGAUAUGUCAUGACAAUAUCUCCUGUAUUGACGUUUAGCCAACAAUCUAUGUAUGAUAUUGUUAACAAUCUGGGAAGUUUGGCUGCUAGGUUCAUUUUUAGACCAAUAGAAGAAUCUGCAUAUUUUUAUUUUACCCAGAUGAUAAAACGGGAUGUGGUUCUGAAGAAUCAAAAAGAAAAAAACAUUUCAGAAUCUGCUGAAGUUUUGAGCCAGUUGUGUAAGAUAGUAGUGACUAUUGGGCUUUUAGUUGUCACAUUUGGACAAGCAUAUAGCUACUCGUUUCUUUUCUUGUAUGGAGGAUACAAAUUAGUAGAGAAUAAUUUAUCUGUAAUAUUGUUGAGGUUCCAUAGUUUUGCAAUAGUUCUCCUUGCUAUAAAUGGCGUUACUGAAGGAUAUGUUUUUGCUACAAUGAAUAAUCAACAAUUAGAUAGGUAUAACUACAUAAUGGUGAUAUUUUCCAUAUCGUUUUUAAUAAUAUCUUAUUUAUUUACUUAUAUAUUUGGACCAGUGGGAUUCAUUUUAGCCAAUUGUAUUAAUAUGACGGCUAGAAUCGUUCAUAGUUUAAGGUUUAUUAGCAAACAGUACAAAGAGACGAAAUAUAGACCUUUAGAAGGCCUAGUUCCAGGAAAGAAGUUCUUUUUAGCUCUCCUUAUAUCAGGCAUCGCAACAAGGUUGUCAGAGAUGUACAUUCUACAAAAAUCCUUAAUUAUCCACAUUGGAGUAGGUGCAGUAUUUUUCUUUAUCACAAUUUCCAUAUGGGCAUUAGACAAUGUUGUGAUAUUAAGAUUAGCCCUAGACAAGUUUAAGGAACGAAGAAGUUCACUUAAAGUUGAUUAGCUUUCCAUUAAUUUAAAAAGAAUGUGAUACAUACAUAGUUUUUAUUUACAGUAAUAUAUUAAUUGUUACCCAA